AUGUUCAUGAACGACAUUGUGUUGUACGGUCCUUAUCACAAUCACGUGAUUGAUUUCUGGCAGAUGCGAAAUGAGGAAAACAUCCAUUUCAUCACAUUCCAGGACAUGAAGAGAGAUCUUCCGUCGGUCAUUGAAAAGACUGCUAAAUUUCUCGGAAAAACUUUGAGCAAGGAGCAAAUCUUGACGCUUGCCGACUAUUUAUCAUUCGACAAAUUCUCCAUCAAUCCUUCAGUUAACAGAGAAAAUGAGGACGAAAGAAUUAGCGCCGCAUUGCAAACGAAGAAGGUUGAUGAUUUUCACUUUAUCAGGAAAGGCAAGUCUGGAUCGUUUCGCGAAGAAAUGCCUGAAGAUCUAAUUGAAAAGUUCAACGAGUGGACAUUGAAAGAGAUCGAGAAAGCUAAAGUCGACCCUGAAAUCCAAAGCAUUUUCCUCGGUGUAUAA